UCGAUUGCUGAAAGUUUCUGAACCCGGGGCGAGAGAGUAAAACAGCCAGCAACAAACAGCACUAUCAACGUUGUUGGAACAGGUACUACCACAGGUCCAAUAAACAGGCAUGGGUGUGACCAAGAGGAAUCGACAACAUUCGACUCCGCAAUAGUUUCAAAGGAGCGCGAAUUUGUGAAUCGAUACACGUACUGUACACACAGUCUCUUCCUGACGCCUGUGGGAGCCUCACGGGAGCCUCACGGGAGCCUGUGGGAGCCUCACGCCCCGCGGGAGCCUCACGCCCGCGGGAGCCUCACGGGAGCCUCACGCCCGCGGGAGCCUCACGCCCGGGGGAGCCUCACGCCUCGCGGGAGCCUCACGGGAGCCUCACGCCUCGCGGGAGCCUCACGCCUCGCGUGAGCCUCACGCCUCGCGUGAGCCUCACGCCCGGGGGGAGCCUCACGCCCGGGGGGAGCCUCACGCCCGGGGGGAGCCUCACGCCUCGCGGGAGCCUCACGGGAGCCUCACGCCCGGGGGGAGCCUCACGGGAGCCUCACGCCCGGGGGAGCCUCACGGGGGCCUCACGCCCGGGGGGAGCCUCACGCCUCGCGGGAGCCUCACGCCCGGGGGGAGCCUCACGCCUCGCGGGAGCCUCACGGGAGCCUCACGCCUCACGGGAGCCUCACGGGAGCCUCACGCCCGGGGGAGCCUCACGGGAGCCUCACGCCCGGGGGGAGUCUCACGCCCCGCGCUGUUACCAUGGCCGGUAACAGCAGCAGUCAGGAGGGGCAGCGGUUCAGGAUCGCGGGGGUGAACGCGGUGCUCGUGAUCGCGUACGGAGCCCUGGUCUUCGUGCUGCUCUUCAUCUUCGCCAAGCGGCAGAUCAUGCGCUUCACCAUGCGAAGUCACAGGGGCCCGCAUGUGGCCGUGGGUCACAACGCACCCAAGGAUCUCAGGGAGGAGAUAGAGAGGCGGCUGAGUCGUAUCCAGGAGCUGUCGUGGGCGCCCAAAUUCCUGACGGAGUCCGACCCACGCCUUCAGCAGCUGCAGGAGCUCGGGCCAAAUUGUGGAUAUAACUACUUGUACAGAAUGAAAGCGCUUGAUGCUGUUGACCAGCUGGACGAGCGGCUGCAAGAGCUGGAGCCGCUGAUGCGCUGCCACGCGCGAAACCUCCGCGUCCACCUUCUCGACCUGCUGAGGACCCACCCGGGGGAGCUGACGGUGUGCGACAGCACCGUGCACGCGUUCGCGGACGCCUACGAUCACGCCCGCUACGGCACGCAGGAGUUUGGAGAGGUGGAAUUUGAGAAGUACAUGGAUCUCCUGAAUGAGCUCAUGAAUGGCGUGCAGUCGCAGGCGAUCGCUCAGCAACAGCAGCACCGGGCAGCUGCCCGCGAACUCGGCUUCCCCGGCGGCGGCGGCGGCGGUUCGUCGACGAGCGGCGACACCAACUCGCCUCCCUCGGACGGGCGGCACGGCACCUCCGGCCCGCGGGGAGCCGCGGGCAACUCGACCUCGUCGCCCGCCUCCCCGACGUCUCCGUCGUCGUCGACGUGCACCGCCAACGCCCCUUCCUCGUCGUCCUCGUCCGCCGCGGCCGCGGCGGCCUCCGCCACCUCCGCCGCAGCCGCCACCGUGCAGGUCACGUACCUGCCGGCGGCGGGGCCCCGCACGCGGAGACCCAAACACUUCCUGGAGCUCAAGGGCAAGGACAGCUACCGCACACUCGAGAGCACCAUGUGAACCUGCUGAGGAUUUUUCUUUAAAAAAAAAAAAAAAACCAUCCGUCACACCGUUUACCCCUCGUUACGUUUACUACGUCAACUGUAUGGUUGUUGUCGAUGUUGUUGUUGGUGGUGCCCUGUGAGGUGGUCAGGGAGGAGGGGGAGAGGGUUGCCUGAUGAAGCUGGUUGUAAUCACCGGCGAAACGUCACAGUACUCGAAUUGUAAAUGCUGCGAGCUUACUCUCCAACACACAACCCAACCGGUGUGCCGAAGUAGUAACGAAUUUCGAUUUGAAGCUUUCGUGACUGCAAGGAUUCAUCUUCUUUGGUUCUUUCGGUAAAGUCACGUAGAAUGAGAAUACAAUUUUACUGUGUUAUUUUAUUAUUUUA